AGAGUACUCGCAAAAGCAGUCAGCGGGUCCGUAACAGCAGCGAAACUCGUGCGAAAUUCGUGGAUCCGCGCGUAGUAUGCCUAUCUCUGGCAAAGCUGAGUCGCGAGCGCGCGCUAAUAUUCAGUAGGCGGUGAGAAGUAGUGUCGCCCGGGCAUGCUUGCCUGGCCUGUGCAGCGAUCAGUUGUCGCGCGAGUACAAUAACGAGCGGCCUGCGUCAGCAGCACGACGCUCGCCGCCGGGGACAAAUUACGGAGCAGUAAUCGGAUAUAUCGCGGACUUAUCAGUGUCUCCGAAUCAGAGUCCAGCCGCCGCCGCCGCCGUCAGCAACGCCGUCUUCGACUCGCUGUCCUGCCUCGUGCUCCGCUUCGUGCUUGUUAGCUAUGAUAUCGAAAGAUAUGUGCGCGCGGCGUGUGCCGCUCUUCGCGUAAUCGUGAUUCCUCGUGCGUCCUCGUAACGAAUCGUUCGGACGUUUACUUGUAAUACAGUGUGUAUAGUAAGCACCACUGGCAGCUCGCGCACAACCAUAAGUAGCUGUGCAGCGCAAAUCGAGGCUUAUUACGAUACUAGCCGCGCUACAGCGUCGAGCUAUUCUAUUUUGUCCAACUAUAGUAGCUCCAAAUCUAAUUCUCGCUCCGGUACAUUCUCGUCAUCGGGUGUUUAAUUGCCGUCUCACGUUACAACACACAUAUACACACGCGUAAAUGUCCAUCAAUCAACGGCGCAUACAUUCGUUUCAACGCCGCGCGUCAGUCUCUUAUUUGGACUAGCUCAUUUGGACGUCUUACAAGCGAGUCAUCGCGCGGAGGAAACAAUUCGCGUGUGAUUAUAUCAGAGUAGAAGAAUUUCGGAGACAGUGCACGACGACGGUAACAGUGGGAGCUGUGUCAUCGUCAUAAUUCUGGACAGCUACGCAGGUUCAUUGGUGUGCGCAUUAGGCCACAUCAAGCUCGGCGAGCAGACAGCUCAAGCAGCAGCAGCAGCAGCAGCAGUGUAUACCCGGUACCUGCGCGGAGCGAUCUUUCACUCUGCUCAUUCUUGACCCCUGCCCAGCCGUGUACAACACUGUGCGAGUGAAGCAGCCUGCAGCGAAAGUAACGCCACCCAAAACAAAUAGUACUACGCGGUCCACACGUGCGCGAGUGCGCCCGAGACUUUUCUAUUUUAAAUCGUAGGCAGAGCCGCGUCGUCUGCGUCUUUUUUCCCCAUUUCCUCAGCUUUAUUCAAAGCGAGCGAGUACAGACGCACGAGGAUUAGUAUUUUAUUCGACGGAUGCUCCGACCAAUUGAUACGUCGUUAAAAUUCAAUUGAGAUCUUUCGAGAUCCGUCCGUCUCUGCGUUCACAUCUUAAAUUGGUAGUGGAUCGAUCUGGACGGGUCAUUUGAUUUUCUCGUGGCCAAAGUAAAACACGUUGGUCGGCUUGAGCACAAGUGCGCGUAAAAUUCAACUAUUUCAUCAGAACCGCUAUCUACGUCGUUAUGGACCAAAAGACCAUGGACCAGAAGAGGGUGUACAAACUGGUGCUGACUGGAGGACCCUGUGGUGGAAAAACAACAGGACAGACUCGCAUAUGCACAUUUUUUGAAAAUCUAGGAUGGAAGGUGUUCCGUGUCCCCGAGACAGCGACCGUGCUGCUCAGUGGCGGCAUCAAGUUUUCUGAUCUGAACGCUGAGCAGGCUUUCAAGUUCCAAGAAAGUCUACUGAAGACUAUGCUGCAGAUCGAGAAUACGUUCUUCGAAUUGGGCGCGAGCAUGAACCGGAAUUGCCUUAUCAUUUGCGAUAGAGGUGCUAUGGACGCUUCUGCCUUUAUCUCGAAGGAAAAAUGGGAGCUGAUGAUGGCAUCGAACGGUUGGAACAGCGUGGAGCUUCGCGACACCCGCUACAACCACAUCAUUCACAUGGUGUCGGCGGCGAAUGGCGCUGAGCAGUUCUACUCGACCGAGGAUCACGCCUGCCGCACCGAGGGCCUCGGGCUGGCCCGCGAGCUCGAUUACAAGGCCGCCUCGGCCUGGGUCGGCCAUCCUUACUUCGACGUGAUCGACAACUCGCAGGACUUCGAAAGCAAGAUCUGCCGCAUGAUCGAGUGCGUCUGCCAGAAGCUUGGCAUCGACACCGGCGACCGAUUGCAAGCCAGUAGUCGCAAGGUCAAGUUCCUUGUCAAGGGCCCCCUGCCGCCGGACGAAGAGUUCCCGCCCUUCCAAGACUUUGACGUUGUGCAUAACUACUUGCAAAGCAAUAAUCCCAAGACCCAGGCAAGGUUGAGAAAACGUGGUCAAAAAGGUCACUGGUCGUACAUUCACACACUUAGACGGCCCAAAAUAAACGACCAAGUGGUUGAAGUGAAAACUCAGUUGACCCAUAGGGACUAUCUUAACAUGCUUGCUCAGCGCGACGACUCACACUUCACCAUUUUCAAGCGUCGUCGCUGCUUCCUGAUUAAUAAUCAAUACUUUCAAUUGGAUAUUUAUCGGGAGCCUUGCCACAAAAGGUGCAAUGGACUGAUGCUUUUGGAGACUUACACUGCAUUGCCCAGCGAUAAGCUCAUGAAUAUAUUGCCUCAAAUUUUAACGAUUGAAAAAGAAGUUACUGGAAAUCCUGAUUACAGCAUGUUCAACUUGAGCUUGCGUGAAGAAUGGAAUGUUACGAACAAAUAUUGCCACAAUUUGAAUGUAACCAAUGCGAUCCCACCUGCAGUGGAUACACCUAAAACGAUGUUUAAAAAUGGAAUUGAUUCUUUGUUAGGCGAAAUGAUAAUAAAUGGUGCAAGUAAUGGGUUCCACUCUGAUGAAAAUACUGCAGAACCUUCUCCGAGUACUAGCAGCAGUAAUAAUGAUCAAAUCAACGGUGUAUGUCAACGAAAUAAAGAAAUACAAGAAAAUCAACAAAAUGGUGUAGAACAUCACAAAAAUCCAACAGAUGGACAGUCGUCCCACGUGCCAGAUAAUGUUAACGGUUUUCAAUAGCACUAAACUGUCUGCUGUUAUUUGUAAUUUAUAAUUAAGAUAUUUUACUAAUUUAAGUUUUGAUUAAUUUGUUAAAACAUAGUUAAUCAUUAUUGAUAUAUUUAAAAUUUAAUUUAAAAAAUUGAUUAAAAAUGUAUAACCCGUGGAAAGCCGAGAUGAGUUUUAUGGAAAUCUUAAUCAAUUGAGAUUUUUAUCGUGGCAAUUUGUUGAAAAAAAGGAAAAAAACAAAAAAAAACAAAAAAAUAUUUUACUAAUAAUUAAUACUACUAAAAUAUAAUAAUUUUUGUUAGUAAGACACUGUGAAUUCGUUCAAAUUUUGCGAUGUUCCCGGAUGUCUUAUUGAGACUGAAAUUUUAACAUUUUGAACAUCAAUUUGCGUUGGUAAUUUUUUAAAAUUAAUUUACAUUUUAUAUGUGGAAAAAUUUUAAUUUGAAAAUGUGUGUUAUUUUAAUGAAAUUUUUAUUUUUUUAAAUAGAUGGCUUUCCUUGGGUGUACACUCAUUUUAUUUUGCGUAUUAUACUAUGGAAAAUUUAAUGCAGUAUUAGCAUGAAUGUCUAAUGAAAUAAAUAUCAAUCUUAAUACGAAAAAUAUGCAGGACCGAAUUUUUUGAAAAUGUUUUUACGAGAUUUUCAUUUCUUCAGACGAUGAAUAUUUUUAAAUGAAAGUAUAAUGUUUUUCAAAACUUUUAUGAGAACUGAUCGCAAUAUACCUGAAUUAUUUAUAAAUUUGAAUUCUUGUUGAUAGUAUGAAAAAACUGAGCAGAAAUAAGUGAUAAAUGUUCCAAAUCAAACCCAUUUUCAUGUCUUGCAGGAGAAAAUUGAAUUAAUAUAUUUUUAAAAUAGUAUAACUGAAUAAAAAUAAAUGUUCUCAUUAAUGUACGUUUGUGAUACCAUUAAACUUAUAAGUCCUUUGUCAUUUGUGAUAAUAAUCAAUGUUAAGUAACUAAUCAUUGACAAAAUUUGCAAUAUAGAUGUUUCAAAAGGAUUGUAGAUAUAUUGAUUUAAAAAAAGUCAAAUAUUAUGAAAUAAUGCACCAUUUUAAUCCAAUCAGUCAUCCUACGCUCUAUUUCAUUCUUGGUGAACUUUAAUUUUUUUCAUAGUUACAUAAGAUACAAGUAUAUCAUGAAAUGUUUAUAAACCAUGUUUGGGAUAAAUUUAUUUCUGCUAAAAUGAAAAUGUAAAUAAUGUAUAAUAUAUUACUGUAAUUGCAAAAACUUUCAUACCUUUUAAAUGAAAACAAAUACUUCUCUAAAACACGUGACUAUAUUUUAAAACAAUUUACCGUGAUUUGUUGAAUUGUAUUGUCAACAUAAAAAAUCCAAUUAAUUCAAAUUUAAUUUGAUAAUUAUUUUAUAUCGCGAUUAAAUCUUUGGUACGGUCAUUUGAUUAUGAACUGUGAUUAUUUUUAUAAAGAUCAUGUUUUAAAUAUUAUAAAUUGAAAUGUGCUAAAUGAAAAUGAAAAAUAUUUCUUUAGUUUGAAUAACUGUGAAGAAACAAUAUGUUAUUUCUACAUUUCAUCAAGGGUUAUUUUAGACCUGAUAAAAGCAUUUGACUAAGUGCCUAUGACACAAAAAAUUAUGAAAAAAUGGAAAAACUACUAUUAUAUUUUCAAUAGAUAUUACAAUGUUUUUUGAGUGGUGUGUGUAUGUAUAUGUUUCAGUAUACAUGCAACCAGACUUCAAUGUACUCAUAGGUUUAUGAAUAAAUAUUGUUUGUCCAAUUA